CUCACUCACUGGAGGUGGGGGCACGGAGCGAUAGAGCUAUUAGCUCGGCUGCAGCAGACAUCAUUGUACGAGCGGAGGGGAGACGAUUCCACCGGCAGUGCGCGAGAACGCACGGAGCCUUGGCAACACGGAGAGCCUCGCGCUACCCUGCCCGUUAUAACGUACAGGAAUGGUGAGGGUUGUUGGAGCCAGGCAGACGCAGACGUGGACAGACAGAGUGGGAAUCACGAACCGUCCCCUCAGACAGCAGGAGGAGAGAUUUACCCAUCCCCGUCCCAGUGGUUUCAUCUGGACUCUUCUCUCCCAUUGAACAUUGGAACAUACUACCAGGUCAAAAUCCACCUGCAUCUUCCUAUUGGGCUGUGCUGGAGGCCUGCGCUGAGACUACGAGUCGCGUUGGGAUUGUAACGACUUCAAUGGGCCGCAACACUCACUGAAACACUGGAGGCGAUUGAAUGAGGUUCUUCCUGCAGUCCUGGAGACUCGCUCUCAGAGGGAAAUGAUUCCGCAUGAAUUGCAUGGACCGCUCUCCCACAGCAGGUGUGACUUCCGUUGCUUAAGACUGAAAUCUGUGUCCAUCCGACCUUAGGCACAGGACACAUCCCCUCACACCACCACUCUCCUCUCUACCCCAUCCCCAUCCUCGCUCUGAGCCAGUCAGUGGGAGGGCACACUCUGUUAGUAAUACAGACAGAGACCAAGAGGGAGAGGAAAAGAGCCAAAACAGACAGGGGGAAGAAACAUCUAGAAAGAGUGGUAAAAGAUUCUCAGACGCCAUGAAGUCAAACCAGGAGCGGAGCAAUGAAUGCCUGCCCCCAAAGAAGCGUGAAAUCCCAGCAAGCACUCUGCCCUCAGAGGAGAGGCCCAUGGUGAUGGCGCCUGCCAGUGAGAGCCAGCGUUCAGGGAACCUGGCCUGGCUUGCCAGUCUGGCAAGCGGACACGACAGAGGGCGGCAGCACACCAGCACCUCCUCAGAACCCGACGGGCCUCAAUACAAACCGUUGUCAGCCGCGGCUGAGAGUAUACCUCCCUCGUCCACGCACUUAACCAGAGCUCCCACUGCAGUGACCACGAUACCUGCAGUGUACACGUCACCCCUCUCUCAGCCCGCUGGCACCAUUCAGUACACACCCCUGCCUCCCAAUCUUCACUUCAUCAGCUCUCCGUAUUCUGCACCAUAUGCUGGCUACAUCUCCCCUCUAGUUCCCCAUUCGGCGGCCACCACUACCACACAACGGGAGGCUUAUGCCAGCACCUCCAGUUCUCCAGCAUCCAAACUUGACCAGCACCACCAAUUGGGCCGUCCUCCAGGCCUGGUCACAACUGACAACACCUCUUCUCCCCACUCCGCCCAAUACGUCCAAAUUACUGGUUCUCCUCUAAGCGUAUCUCCUCGGACUGCUCCAUCACCCCACGCUCACUUGCCCGUACACAUACACCCUCACCACACGCUCCCCAUCAGUGGCCCCUCACCAGUCUUAGUUCCAUACAUAGAUGGACCCAAGAGGGAGGAGAUGAGGCCCAGGGAGGUGCUGAAUGGAGAGCUGGAGAAGGACAGACGCUUUGGUCCAUCUCCUGAAUCUAGUGCAGGGAAGCAGGGCAGCACUGCCAAAGGGAGUUCCUCCAACCAUCAGCACCAGUUCCACCAGCAGCAGACUCGACAUGUGGUGCUACCUGCCGAAUAUAUGCAGGACAGCGCAGCCAUGCGGACCUCGUUGGUGCUGGUACCCAACAGUCAUAGCUCCGGUGGUGUUGAUCCCGGAGGUACACCGGACAAGCUGCCUCCCCCGACAUCCCAUACUGAGAAAGGAGGGAUUUGCGCAGGCAAACCUGUGUCCCGCAGUUCCUCCCUUCCAUUUCAUCCUCCGCCUCCACCUGUGGACAGUCUAAAGGGGGCAGUUACCGCACUGUCUCCUCAUGCAGUCAUCCAGACCACACAUAACAGCACAGAGUCACUCUCCCUGGGCCUCCCCUCCACCAAUUUCUACUCUGCCCAGCAGCCCAUCAUUGGUUACAUUGCCGGCACGGGGCACCAGCAAUCUCUCAGCUACCACACCAGCCUACCCCAGCACCUGGUCAUCCCUGGAACUCAGCCGGUCAUCAUCCCAGUGAGUGGAACUGAAGCUACUGCUACGUCGUCCACACCGCCCCUACCUGCGGCACUGCCCCAUGCUUUCGUCACCUCGACAGCCCCAAAAGUAGAGACUUUUGAGGCUCCAGCCCCAUACCCUCACCCUGCUGCAGCUGUGGUUCAAGCCCAGUUGCAUCUGCCUGUGGUUCCGGCCCCUGCCGGCCUGCUGACGACUCCACCGCCACCCUCAGCCCCUUCACUGCCCCCUUACUUCACCAAGGGCUCCAUCAUCCAGUUGGCAGAUGGGGAAUUGAAGCGGGUGGAGGACCUGAAGACAGAGGAUUUCAUUCAGAGUGCUGAGAUCAGCAGUGAGCUGAAGAUCGACUCCAGCACUGUAGAGCGCAUUGACAGCAGUCAUACGCCUAACUUUGCUAUUAUACAGUUUGCUGUAGGAGAGCAUCGCUCACAGGUCAGCGUGGAGGUGCUAGUAGAGUAUCCUUUCUUCGUGUUUGGCCAGGGCUGGUCGUCGUGUUGUCCAGAUCGGACAACCCAGCUGCUCGAGUUGCCAUGCACCAAGCUUUCAGUAGGCGACGUCUGCAUCUCCCUCACCCUGAAGAACCUGAGGAACGGCUCCAUCAAGAAGACCCAGGGGCAAGUCUUGGAUGCGCCUACCCUCGGUCCACCCCUUAAAUCACCCAAAGCGCUCUCAAGCGGCGUGCGAGGGGGUGUUCGGCACACAGAACAGGAGAACGGACUCGGGCAGUGUGGAGAUCAGGGAGGUGGAGGCGGUCAAGGCAAUAGAGAGAAUGGAGAACUGAGGUUUGGUGAAAGAGACAUCUGCAAAGCACCACCGGUCACAGAAUCAGAGUCCGGUAGCAAACCAACAGGCCGCAAAAGGAGGUGGUCGGCCCCUGAGGGCCGCAAAGUAGAAAAUCCCGAAGGAGAGCCUCCUUUAACGUUCCCCAAGCCUUCCUUCAUCCCUCAGGAGGUUAAAAUCAGUAUCGAAGGCAGAUCAAAUAUUGGAAAGUGAAUGCGCAUUGGACUGUCAUGUGUUAAAAAACAAAAAAAAUUGCCCUCAGAAUGUUUUAGGUUCUUUUCCUCUGUUCUGAUUUAAUUUGCUAUCCAGAUUACUUUACCUAAAGGCUAAAUUUACUCAGUAUGUACAUUAUCUCUUCUAACAUUAUAAUAGAUGCAUUCAAUAUUACACAGGCAAUUGGUGCAAUUCAUUCGAUCGGUCAAAUUCAGGGCGGAUGUAGUGCAAGGUGGGAAGGUUGUGAAAUUCCCAAGCACUGCAUGAUAUCCUGAAGGCUCUCUAUUCUCUCACCUACAACAUCCUCUACUCUUUUUUUUAUUAUCACAGACAAACCUGGUUUAACUACAUCUAGUGGCAAUUAAAACAUUCACCUGCUGAGUGAACCUGAAAUGUUAGUAAGGGAAGACGAACAACUGGUGUGAAUAACAUUGCUAACGGUGGCAGAACGGAAACCGCUCCUCCACUGGUUGCAGGAGUUCACAUGAUGUCAGCCAUCUUGUUUAACUGUGACUAAAAGAGACUAUCCAAAUCAAUGCUAACAAUGUAGAGCAGUAUCGUCAGCGCAGUUAGACUAGCAUAGAUUAUAUUAACAUUUAUAGAAAUGCAGGAAGAGGUUUCCAAAUACUAUGGUACAGGCCAAGAGAGAUGAUGAUGAUGUCAUUGAGCGGUGCCAGUUGCUCCUCAGAAAGACGAAACUAUCAUUUAAAACAGGGAAGAUGGACGAGUCUAUUUUUAUAUAUCCAACUGUCUAACUUUUUAUUUGACUAUUUUUGUAGUUUUGCAUGUUUUAAUUUUCCGUCUCACUUUUCAAACCCUCCUAUCAUACAUGAUGGGUAGUUUUUUUUCUUUUUUUUUCUUUUUUUUGUGAUGAAUGUGUAAACCUUGCAAUCAGGGGUCAUUUUUUAUGUAGACACAGGAUGGGUUCUUGUCUAUGUAUAUAUAUAUAUAUAUAUAUUUAUAUAUAUAUAUAUAUAUAUAUAUAUAUAUAUAUGUGCAUGGACGUAUCUUGAUGCAUACAAACACAGUGGGUGAGGAGAUCGACCAGUCCCUUGUUUUUAGUACAGUCUCACCUGUUUUAUGUUCUAAUAAGAGAAAGUAGAUUUUUUUGAAAGAAAGAGAGCGGAAGUGUCGGAGAAGGAUGAGAUGAGUGUUGUCCUGAAGCACUUACUUAACACACCUGUUAGUAGUUUCAAUCAAAUGAGUCAAAUUAAUUAAUUAUUAACUAUCAUUAUUAUUAUUGCUACUACUAUUUUCUGUUGAUUUUUCAACAUGAACACAGUACUGUAUGCUGUAUCAUGAAUUGGAUGUCGUGUGGCACUCUGUGGGAUGGUGAUUGCUCACAAGGGUCACUGUGAAGGGAUGAAUGUAACAGGUGACGAAAGAGAAAACAAUGAGAUUUUGUCCCCAAGAGGACUGCUUUAAAGGAAGCACUUUUUUCAUUACGUAUGAUUGGCUUAGCCUUCUCAAGUGAUCUGACGGCUUGAGUAAAGACGGGCACAAGAGGCCACGGCCCGUGAAACAACUGCCAUUUAAGUCAUUUAGAGCAAAAAGAGUGGUAUGAAAGUGUGAAUGCAGGUGGAAAAUUAAAGUACAGAGACUGUUUAUAUAUUUACGUGAGAUAUGAUAGACAAAGUGAAAGUGAGAAACUCUGGCUACAGAAAUCUUCAGAGGAUCGAAGGGUGUCAUAUACCUGUUUGUUAGCGGUGUAUGUGGUCGUGCACGCAUGCGAGUCCGUGCGCGGGCUCAAACACACGUAAAUGUACACGGUUACGGUAAUUUUCAAUCAUGUUGAAAUAUGUCAUGUAUUUUUUGUACAUUAACAUGUAUAGAACUGCAUAUGCUAUAUCUAUCUUACUGUAUGAGAGCGCAAGACUACAUGAGCACGUUUUUAGUCCCGUCCCCCAAGACACUGACUCAUCGAACGUAUGUGAAAGCAGUCAUGUAGUAAUUUCAGUGAUCUGUAGUAUAUUUGUGUGAGUGUGCGUGAGCGUGUGUUUGUGUGCGUGCAAGUGUAUGUGUGUGUGUGUGUGUACAUACCACACAUGUUAUAAAUAGAUAUUUAAGUUCUACUUAAAAGAAUAUUGCAAUUUGCACAUCUGGAGAGAUAGUAACAUGAUUUAUUUUGUUUUCUGCCAGCACAGGACAGGGCCGAAAACCUGAUUUUUACUGAAAUGUAGCAGUUUCUUGACAAGUUUGCUUGGUUCGCAGGUCUGUUGGGUUCAUUUUCAUUAGGAAAAUCAGGAAACACAAAAGUAGGAUUGUGAACGGUGCUGUGUCGAGGUGUUCGCUUCGUAGGGGUGGAUGAAGUCAUAGCCUGUAGCCUGCAUACUUGUCGAGUCCUUUGAGUGGCCACACUCAAGAUAGCUUGGGUAGGUGAAGAUCUGGCAAGAAGAUGGGUAGUCGUAAAGAAUAAAAGAUGCAUAGAUUGAUUUAAUGAGUGGUGGAGGGUGAGUGGGUGAGUGCACCCCAUAUACAAUUUGAAAAUGCUUUAUUUUUUUAUAAUAAAACAGGGUUUCUCAGAUCAACACCACAACCGUGCAUUUUUUUCUUUUUUCCAUUUGACAUGACGUCUCUGUCCCCUCAAAGUGUGCGUGUUUGAGUUUUUCUUGGAUUGUAUGUCUGGAUGUAUCUGCUUUAACCAAUCAAACUUGAUAUUUUCGUUGUGUUCAACAUUUAUUUUGGGCCAAAAGGUAGAAACAAGAUGUGAUAUUGUUUGUCCAUUGAACCACCCCAACAACGCGACUGUCAGUCUCGCAUUUGUGUUGUUUCUCUGACCUUUCGCUGUCGUCCUUCCCUUCAUGUAAUGAUCAGUGUUUUCGAUGUCGCUCAUUGCUUCGAUCCUUUUACAGUCUGCCUCCUUCUGGUUGCACAGUGCGGUUCCACGUACACACGAGAAGCAUUCCGAACAACGGCACGUAGCAAUAACCCUUAGUCUCUAGUGCUGAACCAAAAAAAAAUACUACAGAGAACCGGACAUCAACACCAGACCUUGUGUUCGACCUCAGCAAGCUGUUUUUUAUCCUCUUUAGGUUGAUUUGCGGUUUGCACAGCCAGCCCUCAGUAACUUCAGGGAGAAAUGUAAAUUAAUAUGCAGUGACAGAGUCUGUCCCCUCCUAGCCGUCUUAACCCAUAAUCAAUAGUGACCUCCAGAUGCUCUUCAGGUGCCCAUACAGAACCAGUACGCCUCUCUCAGAGUAUGUUUACCCAACCGCAACCGUUAGCUACCUUCUGUUGCCUGGCAUGUACGUGCGACUGCUUUCUCACCCGGCACACCCGCUAUAGCUCAAGAACUUCUCUCUUUAUAUCUGUCUCGCUCUCAUUUAUAGCCAUAGAACCUCGACAGUAUUUGUGAUGGAGUUUCAUAUUGCCUAGCGUGUUGAAAUUACAAUAGUUUUUUGGGUUUUAAGGGGAAAAGUCAGUUAUAACUGUCGGCUCAUUCACUUUAUGGUAACACUCACCUGUGAUAUCUAUUAAAGUCAAUGUAAAUUGAUAUUCCAGACCAUUUUACUUCCAUAAUGUGGUGUUUUUCAGGAUAUUCAAUCAAGAACCAGAAUGCAGUCUGACUGCUAACAAAAUACAAUCCACCUUCAACGCAGAAGUAAGCCUAUGGGCGAAAAUGGAAAUAGCAAGAAGAAUAACAACGUGCAGUAAACGUACAACUGUUUGCAGUACAAACCAGUGUGUUCAUAAUUCAGAUAAUACAUUAAAACAUAGUAAGACAGACCAAUUUGCAAUAUCAAGAAGCAAAACGAGUUGUUUUGUACUGCUAAAAACAAGCGGAGACCGGAAGCCAGACCCAUUAAAUUUCUAUCGCUCUUACGGGAAAAAUAUGGUGAAUAGAACCCAUUAUAAUCAGUGAUGCUGUGGACACUGAAUGACGCGGAAAAUCCCCUUUGCCGCAUUCUAUUUAUGACGUACUGACACAAAUUUAAAAUGAUUGGCAACGGUCGCUUGUCGCUGCCAACGUAAACAGCUGUUCCGACACGACAGCCGUCGCAUCCGGUGUUGUCAGCGAACAUGUAAAGUUGCAUUCCAUAGGAUGAAUCGCUCGCAAUAAGACCUGAAAUGAGCAUUGAGGAAGUAACAGGGUCGAUUUUUGAUUCACGCUGACUUUAUGUGGAGAAAAGCAAAUGCACGUUCACUUCCAGGUAUGUUUUUGAUUGCAUUUUGGACUUUAGAUGUUGCUAAUUUAAUAUGAGCAUCCAUGUCACUGAUUGUUUCUCAAAUGAUAAGAAAUAAGUCCAACUGCAGAUGAAUUAAACAUGCUUGAUGUGCGAUGACCUGAAUGAAUGAAACAUCACAGAUGUUCUGUGCCGUCGCAUUUGAUGGUCAUCACAAACAAAGAGAAUAAAAGAUGCACAUGGUACAGCUGGCGGUUCAUUGUGCUGAUAAUGAUAGUCUCUUAUGACCUCCAGUGCUGAGAGAUGAGAAAAAUAAGAGAACGGCCGCUGUUUUGACACCUAUUUUUAGCUUUUUAAAAACUUAAACCCCACUGAUGACGUUCUAAACUCUUCUUCUGUUCAAGUUACACGCGUAACAGUUUGUGCCAUCUGUAUGUAGCACUGUUUCUGUGGUUUCCACUCAAAUAGCUUCUCCCUCAAAUUGUGUUGUUUGUUUCAAACCGUCUUUAGCCUGUGGGUUUCAUGAUUUUGUGAGUAAAACAUUGUGUUUUCACUUUGUAGUGAACCCCUGAUCUAUCAUUUUUUUGCACUUUUUUUUUUUUUUUUUCAGUGUGUUUCAUUCUCUUUGGCAGAGGGGUGAGUUUGCUGUCUCAGACGUUAUGACAACAUCAUUUGCUUUUCUGUUAAAGGUCAAAAUCUUUCCUUGGGCUUACUCAGGGAUGAGAAAUAGGUGUGAAUGUGUGUUGAGGAGGUUGUGUGACCUUUGAAAGGUUUGUGUACAUGUAAAGAGAUAUAUAUAUAUAUAUAUAUGCUUGUGUGUUAAACUGCUGUAACCAGAAGCAGUCAUUUCAUUGGCCCUGUGCUUUGGUUUCCCACAAUGUCUCUACACCAUAUGAGGCCUUCCUAACACACUCUGUCCGUCUCUGUGUAACCGUCUGUAUGGGUCUGUUUGUCCGCAUCACAAGCUGUCUGUCCGUCUGCCUGUUGUCCCUCCGACGUCACAAGCCCAGAUCCUCACACAUGCAAGAUACUGAAAAAAAAAAGACUGAGAAAUGAUUCAUCGACCUCAUCAAAGUGGGGACCACUUUUAUAGAAACAAACGAAAAACGAAAUGCACAUUUUUGUCAUUUAUAGAAUAGAUAGACUUGAUAAUACUGUUUCAGCACUUUCUAAUCCCGAGGAAGAUAGGGCGAGAGGUUGGUGUCAUCGCAGUUUCUCCCCUCCAAUACGAAUUCCCUCCGUCUCGGCCCGUUCCUGGGUCCAACGGGUUGAGACGACGAGGACAGAGAGUUGAAAUAAAGUUGGAAUGGUCCUCUAUGAACCUGAGAUGACUUUACUCUUUUGUUGUACUGAUGUGUGCUCGAACGCCGUCGUUCGGUUUUAUUUGUUUUAUUUUCAUGUUGGUUCUAUAUUUGACCUUGCUUCAUGUACUUUGGACUUUGUACUUUUGCUUCGGUCUCCUCUGUAGCACUCUUUUAUCAUGGCAGGAGACGAGAGAAAGUGUUUUAAUGAAUGUUUUUAAGAGUUUUCGAGCGGCUCUGUGACAGCUCUCUCUCUCGCAAGGGGAGCACCGCUGACAAUUUCCUUGUUUUUACUUUUAUUUCUCUGGCACAACAAAUGACAAAAAAAGACGAAUGUUGGAUUGCGACGUUUCAGCAGUUUGAAAAAUAAAUCAAAAUAUUUUUCUUUUCUUUCAUUGUGGCUCUCAUUGAAAACAAAACAACCAACUGUUAUUUUGAGUUUGCUUUUCUUUGAAAUCAGUUGUAAAAUCAGUCAGGAUUUCUCUGUUCAACUUGACUGUUGUGUGACAUCUUGUCAAUUGUCCAAACCGCUGGAUUAAUAACCUCAGGCUGAGAAUCUUCUACAGGCCCACGUUAUAGUUUUUUUGUUUCACCCUAACUAACUGAUGUGUGGGCUGCUUGAUAUGGGUAUUGUACCUAGUCUUAUUGUUAAUUCUAUAAUUAAUAUAUGAGCAUUCAGCUAUAUCAGUGCUGGAUAGUGAAAACAGUGCACACUCCUAAGAAAAGGAGGCCGGCCCUCGUCUCUCACGGUGAGCCGGUAAACUGACGAACGCUUUCUCAGAGAGAGGUACGUCCUGGGUUCUGUCACCCUCAUCUGGCCGGGGCGCAGGAAAGAGACUCGUGCGACCAUCUUGAGGAGUAUUUGUCGCUGUUGGGUUGAACUGGACACUCAACCCUGGUUAACCACUGGGAACUAAACGCCAGGGACGUAUUGACCGUCACAGGCCUGAACCGACUCGUGUACAGAUGCUGUUUUCACAUCCCCGAUGUCACCUUCACGCAGAGCAAUCGACAGCCUCGUAACGUGUGUAUUUAUCCUUCGGAAUUUGUACAACUACACUCUCGAGAUGACAUAUCUUCAAGAAAAAAAAAAGGUCAUUUUGUAAUUCUGGGUUUCUUGCCAAUGAAUGCUUAAUAAGAUGUCUCUGUAAAAUUGUACUCUGUAAAAUCUUUUUAGGCCUAAUUUUAACAUGUCAGUCAUUUCCAAGUAUGUUUUGUGUAAAUUGGAUUCUGAAUGAACGGUAGUUUCUCAGCAUUUUGAAUAACCGCCCCCGAGAUUUUAAAGCUGAGGCCGAAUGCGCAAACUACUAGCCCGGAGGUGAAAUAACACUACGUACUUCUUGUCAGGUGAACGGCGUUUGGUUAUCAUUAAAUGUGCACGCAUGUCCAGCCACCCUUUUUUGUUUUCCCUUUUGAGAAAUGUUAAGAUGUGUUUUGUGAUACACAGGAAGCCAUUGGUCAUUCCUCAGGAAGGAGUGGGUUCAGAUAUAGCAGUAAUACCCCAGGCUUGCUGGACUAGAGGUGUUGCAGGUCUUGUCAUAAAGAGAUUUGAAGUCUUCCAUUGGAAGGGAAAUGGAAGCUGUUUCUAGUUUCUUUUUUCACUUGCCAUUGGGCAGAGAGAUCCACGAUCAUAAAACCUCCGGAUUGGACCCUGAAAACAAUGGCUCAGUGGAGGCAGGUUGCCAUAUUGUCAGUGUUGUUGUUUUCUCCAUAGCUUUAGCGCUGUGGAUUUACUUGGACCUAUAGUAAGACACCACACGGAGAUGUCGAGCGAGACUGUUAAAGAAAAAUUGAAUGUCGCAUCCAGUCCCGAGGUUCUAUUUUCUUGGAUUUGUAUCGGAGGAGUCUGGCCAGUAGCAAGAGAUGGUUGUUGGGAGAGGAAGUAGUGUUUUGCACCUUAUUUAGCAAAGGAAACUAGAUAUAAAAAAUAUUAAGCCCUAGGUAGGAAAUCAUUGUGAAAGGCAAUUUUUUUUUCUUUUGGUUCAUUUUCUUUCCAUACGCGUGCAUACUCUGUAAGUUGUGCAAAAUAUUGUACUUGCACUAGCUUUUUUUAAAAAGAAAACUAAUAUAAAAAAAUUUGAAUUGAAAUUCUAUUUUCUAAUUGUGGUGUGUCUAUUUGUAGGAUACACUCACGUUGUUUCUUGGAUUUUUUGGUCCCUUUCUUUGAUGGUGCUUGCCGGUUUUCUAGUUAGAACUUAUUUCAUUAUUCUGAACAACAAAACAAUAUUUGAUUCAGGUUGUGAACAAAUUUGUUUAAAAAAGAAAUUGUCUGUAUACCAGUACAAGUUUAUUGUUGCAGUAUACACGUACUAAUAAAAAUUACAGUGCCAAUUGCAAACUG